ACGCCAAGCCCUUUCUUGGGGCGUAUGAGGGGGGUGCUGAUUCUUGAUGUACUCUGUCGUCUGGAGGCAGCCAGCGCUCGCUGCGGCUGCGCGAGGGGAGGGCGAGAGGUCGACAAGUGGGCGCAUUCGGUUCGGUACAGCUGCUGUGGAGUGGCAUCGCUGUGCUCGGUCUGAUUCAUGCGGGAGCGAAGGAGCGAGCGAGGAAGAAUGCUCUUGUUUCUCCUCUCCUCGUGUGCUGUACAGAACUUUUGGUGCGAGAUUCUGUGGACGAGAGAUCGAUUGAGGGAGGGAGGAGGGAGGGAAUUUUGGUAAACCAUUGUUGGCUAGGAAUUGACGAGGCAUCGAUUUGGACAGAUACUCUUCACCUGGAUACAACACUAGUGUUUGCGUCGGACUGGAGAUGGAAUGCAAGAAUGGAAGACAACUUUGGGUGAAAGAUGUGUCAAAUCCAAGUACGGCGAAGUUCCGACCGAAGAACAUGCGCUUUUCAACCUGAUGUCGUAAUAGUAAGUUCUGCAGUAGCAAAGUGGUGAGAACUGAAAUUCAAAUGUCUACUUUUUGAAGCUCGCUCAACUUCAGGGUGUCGUCAAGAACUGCUUCGUAACCCCUUUUUCAGACUGUAGUUUCUUGAUGGCAGUCAGAUUAUCAACCUCUGACUCUUCACCGAGAGGUAAGUUGUCUGACUCUCGUAACCAUGCGCACCUACAAUUGGACAACUCUGACAAUUUGGGUGCUGCCUAUCCAGAAUAUACAUGCUUCCAAUACGGUUUUCUCGCAGUUUUUAUGAACAAUUUUAUGCAUCUCGCUGUACUUCACCCCAUUCACAAAGACGCGCUGCACUAAAGAGGCAUCAUCAGAUACGGAAAGGACACUCUACUUUUCACACUAAAGGGAUACUUCCUUACCGUACAUAUUAUUAACCCGACCUCCAGGUCUGCAAGAAAAGUCUCAAUGAUCCCAAAGGAGACAGAUGUUGAAGUCAAUACAGGCCUAAACUGAUCCAUGGAAUCUCCCUGUCAGGUCUACCGUGCGUGAUGACAAAGCGAAAGCGUUAUAAAGUAUUAUCAGACGUCCUUCGGGUUGCAGGUAUAAGCACGAGAGAUCCAUCGUUACAGUCUUGGAAUCACUGACCUCGCCUUCAUGUCCUUUUUCCUCUCUAUGUUUGCAAACACAAGACGUUUGAUCCAAACCCACACACCAAGUCACAGACAGAUCUUCAGCAUGAGUCAUAGUUAAAACUAUAAAGCACUACCUAUUCUUAUGUGGUUAAACACGAAAUAGUCUGACAUUAGACUCUUGCUUGUGUGCAAUGCACAAGAGGGAAAUGAGUGACGGAGAGCGACCGAGCUGUAAGUAGUCCAUCUCAAUGUGUGGUGCUUUUCUCAACGUGGUUCAACGCAUUACAUGUGAAUGGGAUGGGAUCCCUGUUGUUUGAGGAAAAUGUGGACCUCUUAUAAAUCUUGAUCUGUGAUGUUUGCUAUAACAAACACGUGAAAAUGGGAGGAAAUGAGGGAGAGGCGAAAACUGAUGGACACAGAACAUGACAGGCAAUGUUACUAAAAAAACUUCACUUCAGAAAGGCUGAAUCAUACACGUUCACGUAAACGAUAGUAUACUCAUCGACAGAAGAGAGCACCCUUUCAUCACCACGUGGCUUGAUCAGAUCAAUAGAUAUCUUUCACUGUCAUAUGCUCGGAACAAAUCGUUGUAAGAAAUAAUAGUGAGAAUCUCGUAAACUACAUUACACUUCUUCAAUAUGAACUCUAGCAAUUGUUAUUUUUCAACAUACAAUAUUACUAAAUUAUCCUUUUCAGUGU